GUCUUACAUUCCUUUACGAGCGUUUAUCAAAUUCAACUCAGUUCACUUUUCCAUCCCUGCCAACCAAGUCAUAUUACCCAGGACUCCAAAUCUUCUCGCCCUACGAUAUCAAAAAAUAGACAACAAUAAUGGGCAAUAACCUACCAGAAGACGUGGAAGCCUAUCUUAAGGAACUAGUCAAGCGUCUUACUGAGUACCUCAAAGACCAGCUCGUCGGCGUGUACUUAUUCGGUUCAGCAAGUUAUGGUGCUUAUGAGUCUGGCCUCAGCGACCUUGACGUGCAGGCUAUAGUAAAGAAUCCGCUUGAUACCGUUGAUAAGCAGGCAGUUAUAAACUGCGUCAACCAGGAUGCUUUACCGUGCCCGGCUACCAAACUUGAGUUUGUGGUCUAUGCUCAAGAUGCUGUAAAUCCAGCCAGUCGUCAUCCUUGCUUCGAACUCAAUCUGAACACAGGACCUUAUCAAUCUGAUUAUAUUUGUCUUGACCCCGCUAGCGAGGCAAGCCACUGGUUUCUACUUGAUAUUGCUAUGGGACGUGAACUUGGCCGUAAACUAUACGGCCUAGAUGUAACCGACGCUUUCAGCGCCUUGCCCCGACGCUGGAUCUUAGAAGCAAUCAUGAAUUCGCUCUACUGGCACCAAGCGAAUGAAUUAAACUCAGCCAACAGUGUUCUAAACGCUUGCCGAGGCUGGCGAUACAUCAUUACAGGAGAAUUUUCUUCGAAGUUAGAUGGGGCCAAAUGGGCUAUACAACAACAGGGUUGUCCGGACGUUGUUAACCGUGCCAUUGCAGCGCGCAAAACAGGAGAAAGUCUCCCUACAGCCCAGGUAGUGAUGCUCUACGAUAUUAUUAUCACGGCCAACUUGAAGGCUUGCCCUAUAUACGGCAGCACUUGAGACAUCUAGAUCAUGGAGCAGGUGUGGCAAUGAAGUUAUUCACUUCUUACACUCUCCAGGAGAUCCGAGCAACUCCCUGAGCGCACGAACAGGUCAGUUAUAAAAAGACCAUGGAGCUUUAUUCUCGCGGACGCUAUAUCCUGUAACAGGAUGGUCUUGAUUUGUACUUAGAGUAUCCAAGCUUUCGUAUGAAGAAGAACCAUAGUACCAAAGAUGUAGGAC